UUUCAGCAGUCUCAACAUGAACAUCAGCUGGGUCUGCAGCACUCUGAGUCUGCUGUUACCUGUUAUAGGAGCAGCCCUGGGUGAUGACGGCUGGUCCGUGACCAUGCAGGCGGAGGUGCGCGCCGUGCAGGGCUACCCGGUGGUGCUACCCUGCACCUUCAGCCACCCGCAGCACUCCCAGCACUCCUCGCUGCAGGUGCUGUGGCGCCUGGGCCACGGCCAGGGAGCCACCGUGCUGUACCGCUGCACCAGCCGGCCCGGGACCCCCGCCUGCGAGCCGGGCCGGCACCAGGACCAGCGGUACCGGCUGGAGGGGAACCCCACGGAGCACGACCUCUCGCUGAGGAUCAGCAGCGCUGACCUGCGGGACAGCGGGCGCUACUACUGCCGCGUGGAGGUCCAGCAGGUCAGCUACGAGGACAAGAUGGGGACCCGGCUCAGAGUGGAGGCUCCUCCGAAGAUCCUGUCUCUGUCCGUGGACGGCAGCGAGCAGUCGGGCUACCGAGCGCUGUGCCGGGUCCAGGGCUCGCCGCUGCCGGACGUCCAGUGGCUCGGCCCAGACGACCCGCUGGAGGGUUCUGAUGUGGUCCCGAUGGCUCAGGGGACCGCGGGGGACCAGUACCACACGGUCAGCCAGCUGAGAGACGUGGAGCCGGGCCACCAGUACUCCUGCAGCGCCUCCAACCCGCUGGGCAAGGAGCUCGCCACGCUGUACGUGGUGCCGCCACAGCCGCCGCCGCUGCACGCCAGGGCCUCGACUCCUCUGCUGGUCCUCGUGGCCGUGGCUCUCGGGGCAAAGGUCAUCCUGCUGGGGGGGCUCGGGGUCUGGAUGGUGCAGGGGGGGCUCUACGGGGACUCGGCUGCUCCUGGAAGUAACCUGAAGCUUCUUAAACCUGCAUUUUAUCUCAUUUUCAGCAGGAAAAAGUCAAAAAAUGUUGCUUAACCUUUGCGUUGUCUUCCCGUUGACUAUCAUUGUCAUCUUUGUCAACACUUUUGUCGACAAAAAAAUGUAUUUGUCAUUACUUCUGAUGGUUUUUUUGGCACUUUUUUUUAAGGUUUUGUGAUUUUUUUCCCUACCACCUUUA